AUGUUUGACUUAAAAAAGAUCACGAUUUUAUCCUCAAAUUUUUUAACAUUUGUGGCCUAUGGAGUUCUUGGUCCAUUCUUCCCAAAAGUAGCUGACAGCAAAGGUGUUUCUCAAUGAACAAUUGGAAUUAUAUUUAGUAUAGUCCCAAUUGUAUCAAUCCCUACCAUGGCAUUUGUCAAUGCUUACAUGUACAAAAUGGGCCGACGAUUCACAUAUUUAAUCUCCUUAUUUUUACAAGGGGUCUCAAUGAUUCUUUUAUGUUUCCUGGAGAGCUUAGAUGAAACUGAUUUAGUUAUUGUAAGCGUAAUUUCUCGACUGAUACUAGGAGUUGCAACAGGAUUUAUAUGAGUCUCUACAUUUGCAAUAGUGACAACAGAAUUUAAAGAUCACAUUACAGAAGCAAUAGGGCAUAUGGAAUCAGCUGUAGGGUUAGGGUUAGUUGGAGGUCCGCUAAUUGGAACAGCUUUGUACGUUAUUGGAGGAUUUUCUACUAUUUUUAUUACAAUUGGGACUGUCUUUAUGGUAUUUGUACCAAUCGCCUUCUUUAGUCUCAACCACUUGGAACAAUAUUUACCAAGUCAAGAAAAAGUUGGCGCAAUUAAACUGUUUUGAAAGCCUGUAAAAUUUAUAUAGCAAAUCCGGUUGACUUCUUAUAUACCUUUUAUUGUGACAAUCACAAUGGGAUUCAUGAUCAGCUCAAUGGCUCUACACUUAAAAGAUUUUGGGGUUGGGCAAGAGAUGAUUGGAGUCCUUUUUGCUGUUGAUGCAAUUAGCUACGGCAUAGGAGGAAUUAUUUUUUCGAAAUUAUCAGUAAAGAUUGACAAAAGAAUUAUGAUGAUCGUAGGAUUACUUGGAAUGACCAUAACUAUGAUAUGUAUGGGGCCUGCUCCAUUUUUGCCUAGCAAGCUUGGAAUCGUUAUUGCCUCUUUACCUCUCUUGGGAUCAACAAAUUCAUUGACUUAUGGUAAACUAUAAUUAGUUCCAUCGCUUCCUUAUAUGAUUGAGAAAUCAAUUACAAAAUAUAAUUAUGAAGAAACCCCUCACUUGAGCGAUGCAUUAUCAUCCAUAGUUAAUAUAUCGUUUUCUGUAGGCGAAGCUUUGGGCAACAUAGGUGCUGGAAUUAUGGUUGAUUUUAUUGGCUUCGAAUAUAGUACAUUCAUUAUUUCUAUUUUGAUCUUCGUUCUAGCUAUAAUAUUUUUGCUAUCAUCAGAAAUCCUUGUUUCACCACAGAAGACUAUAAAAGUAAAUGAAGAUGAUGACUUAAUGAAACCGUUGGACUCUAUUGGAUAA